AUGAUUGACCGAUAUUAUAUCAGUCUAAUAAUAUGGAUAUCACUGGUACUAUUCACUGUAAUUCUGGAAACAAGCGCUGCUUCUGAUCGCGUCAAAUUGCGAGAUGUUAGCGCAUUAACGCUAUACAAAGGAAAAUGGACUACUGGAAGAAGAUCAUCUCCGACAUUGCAACUAAAGUGUAUCGGAGGAUCUGCGAAAGGUGCCUAUGAACCAAAAGUUGUGCAAUGUUCAAAUCAAGGAUUUGAUGGUACAGACGUUCAAUGGAGAUGUGAUGCUGAUCUUCCACAUGACAUGGAAUUCGGAGCGAUCACCGUAUCUUGCGAAGGUUAUGAUUACCCAGACGAUCCAUAUAUUCUCAAAGGAUCUUGUGGACUUGAAUACGAACUCGAUUACAACAGCGGCAGUGGUAAACGUUCUCUUUCUCGAUCAACCAAAACAGACCCAUGGGACACUUUUUCCACAUUUGUUGUUGUCGCGUUUAUUCUAUUUGUUAUUUACACGAUGUAUAGCAAUUGGAAUAGCAAUGGGACCAGCAAUUAUCGCCCUGGUGGUGGUCCUGGUGGUGGUGGCGGCGGCGGUGGAGGGCCUGGCGGAUAUCCAGGAGCACCACCUCCGUAUGAUGACACCAACAACGGCAAACCACCUCCGUACGGAUUCAAUACAGGAAGCUAUUCCGGCAGUUCGAGCUGUUCAGGAAAUGCGGGUGGAGCAAAUGCUGGUGGGGGAGGUGGAUUUUGGACUGGAGCAGGUCUCGGCGCGAUCGGCGCAUAUUUAGCGUCGAAUUAUUUGAAUGGAGGAUAUAAUGGUUAUGGAUAUGCUCGUCCAAGAAGACGUUUUAUGGAAGACACUGGGUUUGCUACUUCUGAUUCCUACUAUUCUGGUCCGUCUACUUCAACUAGAUCAUCCUCAGGAUACGGAGGCACAACACGUCGUUGA